AUGGCUCAUAGAUACGAACGAGUUCAAACAGACGACCAUGGAGACGCCCGCGCUGCCGGUGUUCCGACCUCCCCUCCACCGUCCUUCCGAUCCAGGCCGGAAUCCCCAAUCUCACCCGUCGAACCUACCGAGAAUACUGCCCUCGCCGAUUCUUUCGACUCCAGCGACGAUGAAGAUGACGAUCUGAGAAGUCAUAACAGGGGUCGGGGAGCGGCACAGGAGACCGUACAUUAUGAAAGUGCUUUGCCGUAUAUUGCGCCCUCAUCUUCUACACCAACACCCCAGCCGACGACAUCGACAACACCUUCGGGAGCCGCGAUGAGGCGAGUGAUUGGGAACUCGAGCAAUGAUGGGGUCUUUGCCAACCUUAGUGCCAAACCGUCCGUUAGGACCGAGAAGCCUCUUGAAGAGCAUCCACCGAGCUACGAACAAGCCGCCGCCGAUGCGACCCCCCCGUAUUGGGAAACCACGAUCCUUGCUCCCGGAAUGUCCCCGGACGAAGUCUUUAUUGAUGGUCUCCCUGUCGGUUCAGUCUUUGCCUUCGUCUGGAAUGCAUUAAUUUCUCUGUCCUUCCAAUUUAUCGGUUUCCUUCUCACUUACCUUCUCCAUACUACCCACGCUGCCAAAAACGGUUCCCGAGCUGGCCUCGGUAUCACCCUUGUCCAAUAUGGUUUCUAUAUGCGCGGCUCGGCUUCCGACAGUCCAGCACCGCCAGCAGAUGGUGGGCCCGGAACACCAGAGUCUACGCCAUCAGACCCGAAUUCGUACGACUUCAACUCAGGAACUCUACCAACCGACGUCGUUGCUGCGGCCUCUUCCACUUCCUCGUCGGAUGCAAUUACUGGCAAUGAGUGGUUUAGCUACGUCCUCAUGGUCGUUGGAUGGUUUAUUCUUAUACGAGCGGUCGCAGAUUUCCUGAGAGCAAGGAGGACAGAGCAACUGGUUCUUGCAAGUCCAGAUCGGGGACUCGGUGUUGCUGUGAUCGCUGAGGGAGAAAACCCAGAUCGAUCUGUAUAG